AUGAAAAUUUAUGAAGUGCUUCAUGAUGGUAAUAAAGAUUACCAUUACCGCGAACUUUACUCUUCACAUACAUCAAUCAGUUUUCCUUCAUCAAACAACAGCACAUCUGAAAUGGAGACCAACGAAGCUGAUGUUGAUGGAGUCGAUAAGAAAGAACGAAAAGAUAAAACAAAAUUCAAAAAUUGUUCUUACAAAUGUCAAUUCUGCGAGAAAUCGUUUCCACGUUUGGGAUAUUUGAAGAAGCACGAACAGAGUCAUGAAGAUUACAUGCCCUUUAAGUGUCCAGUUUGUCUUCGACUAUUUAAACAUAAGAGAUCAAGGGACCGACAUUUGAAGCUUCAUACUGGUGACCGACGAUACAAAUGUCUUUAUUGUGAAUCAGCUUUUUCAAGAAGCGACCAUUUAAAAAUUCAUAUGAAGACACACGACAGUAAAAAAGCUUUCCAAUGUAGCUUCUGUAAUCGUGGAUACAACACUGCAGCUGCAUUGACUUCUCAUAUGCAGAAUCAUAAGAAACAAUUAGAAAAUCGAGGUCGUAACGAUUCACCAUUCAAUUUCAGUUUGAAAUCGUCGGAAUCUUCGUCGACUUCAAUGAUGGAUAAGAAAAGAUUUUCAGAUUUAAUUUCACCGAAAUCAUUUAAAUCUGAAGGACAUUCCGAAUUGAGGUCCUUAAUUCGAUGUUUCUAUUGCACGAAGUCAAACUUCGUAUCUUUGGAUCAAUUAAAUAUUCACAUUAAUAUCAUGCACAGUCAUAAAAUUAGCAAAGAUAAGAGAAAUGAAAUUGACAAAGAACAAAACGAGUUGAGUCCAUUACAUUCCUGUGAAUUCUGUUUGAUGAAAUUCACCUCAUCUGAUAAAUUAUUAAAACAUAUUAAAGCAAUUCAUGAUGAGAAAAAUGGCGAAAAAGUUUCAGUAAAUUCUGAACUUUGUUCACUUGAUAUGCGAAUCGAUAACGGCAAUAAAUUCGAUAAUGAUGACGAACAACCAACCGAUUUAAGUCAAAGAUUUUCAAAGAAAAUUAAAAUCGAAAACUCAUCCGUUUCAAAAGCAUUCAAGCCACCAGUAAAAUCACCGAUUUCUUCAGAAGUCUUCUUAUGUAAUCAAUGCAACGCAUCGCUGCCGAAUUUUGAGCUGUUUCGGCUUCAUUUGAAAAGUCAUUUGGAAGAGAAUUACAAAAUUCGGAGCAAUGACCACCACUUUGAAAUGAAUAAUGCAUUCUAUCACACGCAAAAGAAAUUCAUUUGCCCGCAAUGUCGAGAUGUUGUGUUUGAUAAUCGUUUUGAAUAUGAUCAGCAUGUGGAGAAGCAUUACACUGAGUUUUUAUGCCGUGAAUGUGACGAUUCCUUCACCAAAAAUGAAGACUUACAAAAUCAUUUAAUUGAGAGUCACGUUUGCUUCAAAUGUACGCUUUGCAGUGAAAGCCUCGAGUCGAUUAUGUCGCUGAAAUUACAUUUUGCAUCUCGUCAUUCCCACAAAAGGUGCUCGGCUUGUCACGAGGAUUUCAGUUCAGACCGAGAAUUUAUGAGUCACAUUCAUUCAAAGCACAGCUCGUCAGAUUUAAUUCAUUGUAUAUUCUGUCGUGUAACAUGUUCAUCCGAACUUGAGAUGCAUUUUCAUUUCUUGUCAGCACAUGUUAAACAGUUCCGUUGCCCAGCUUGUUCCGAAUCAUUUCAUGUUGAAUUUCUUCUCGAUCGACAUCUUCAAACGCAUCAUUCUAUUAAUGAUCCUCAAUUGAGUGCUAAAUAUGCUGCUGAAAAAGAAAUGGCAUUGUCACAUUUAAAUCUGCAAAAUUAUCAUCCAUCGUUAAUUGAUAGCAAUUAUAAAGGCAAAUUCUUAAUGAACAAUGAACCCAAACAAUCUGAUAAUAGCUUAAUGAGUGGACUUCACUCAAAUAUUUUUGCAUUAAAUUCAAUAUCCAACCAAUACACGAAAGGCAUUGAUCUUGCCUCUCUCCAUGAAAGUCUCAAUCGUGCACAGUCGACUUUGGAAGAAAGUCAAAAUGUUCGAGUUAAGCAAUUAUUCUCGAUGAAUAAUAAUGGCGAGAAAUCUUUCAACGACACUCAAAACGUUGCAAAAAGUCAGAACGCUUUGAACAUAACUAAUUUAGCCAAUGACAGAAACAACAAUAAAAAUGCAACUAAUAAGGACAAAACUGAUGCAACAUCGCACUAUAAAGAAUUCGAGCCGACAACGGAUAAGUCAGGUCAAAGCUUACACACAAGUUCAAAGUCUGGUGUGAGUUUGAAAUGUGCAUAUUGUGAGGAACGUGACGAUUUUAAGUCUAGAACUGAAUUGGAAAAUCAUAUGAAGAUUCAGCACAACAUCGCAGCUAAACAUAAAUGUUCGAUUUGUGAUGAAGUUUUACCAUCCCCAGCCGUUCUCGCGGAACACAAAUUGCAACAUUGCAAAGUAAUAUCGGGAAAAUGUUUUCAUUGUUCGGAGUCAAUUAACGAUGUCAACGAUUUCAAGCAACAUAUUCAGAACCAUAACAUGAAAAAUAAAACAGCGUUGGAAUUUCCUAUACAUUGCAUUUGCUGUCACCAACUUUUAGCAUCGGACUUUGAAAUGAAUCUCCAUGCAAAGUUUCAUACGAAUUCAGCCAACACUAUAAAUGUCAAUGACGAUCGAACGUGUGCACUUUGUCUCAACAUUAUGGAACAGGCGAAUAUCAAGAAGAUAUGUAAUUCAUGCAUGACAAAACAUAACUUCUCGCUAAAUUCGGUUCCAAAAAAUCAACUGCAGCUUUGUAAUUUAUGCAAGAAAAAUAUUGAAAUUGAAAAGUUCCAAGACCACUUGAUUGAACAUGAAAUGGACAAUGGAACAAUAGCAUGCGCUAUAUGCAGUUCAAUCUUCACGUCAAUAAUUGGUCUAAAAGACCACAUUCGUGAACAUAAUCUCAUUGCUUCAGAUCUCAAGGAAGUUUGCUCAAAAUGUAAUUCAAGAUUUCUUUAUCGCUCAGAGCUUUCUCAUCAUGUUCAUGAACAUGAAUUGAUGGAAAAUCAAGGAAAUGUAGUAAAGAAUGAAGAAAGUGACGACGAGGAAGUCAAUAAGAUAAAAGAAGAAGAUGAAGACGAUUAUAUAGAGAUUGAAAAAGUUGUUGAGAAUCCAACUUAAAAAUUUAAGAAAGUUCGAAAAAUAGAGCUUUAAAAACUCAAAUGAAAGCUUCCUAAUAACUCAAUUAAUUUUCAUUAAAUAUUAUUAUAUGCCACCUAAAUAUCUACUUGA